GGGAGUUGGCACAAGAGUAGGAAAAGAGAGGGAGAGAGAGGGAGAGAGAGAGAGAGAGAGGGAGAGUUCAGUGCGUGUCUCUUGGGGAGAAGCACACAGUCAAUGUCCAGGUCUGCAGCAAACAUUAAUGACCCUCCUCUAUAAAGCUGCACUGCUGCUGCAUGGACCCUCGGAGCAAAGGCAACAAACCAUCGACAGCGUUUCUAAUUUAUUUUUGAACUCAAGGACACACUGUAGGGCUCCAGCACAAACUGGCCACUAGUGACACUGACAGCAGCUUUUCUAGGAGUUUAAGUUUCUUUAGAUGCUGAAAAGAGUCAAGACAAAGUGACCAGAGAUCAACCAGCCGAACAGAAAAUGACAACUGCAGCAGCUCAGGAUCUUGAUGAGCUGUGCUUCCUGUCAGCGCAGUCCAUGCCCAGUCUGAAAGUAUCCGAACACUACAAGGUGGUCAAGCUCCUGGGAGAGGGAUCCUAUGGAAAGGUCGUUCUGGCGGUACACAGAAAGAGAGGAACUCCUAUGGCUCUGAAGUUCUUCCCUCGUCAGUCCACCUCCCUCUACUCUUUCCUGCGGGAAUACAAUCUCUCGCUCUCCUUCUGCACCCAUCCUUCUCUGACCCGGGCUCUUGGGAUCUUCUUUUCCACGCCGACCUAUUACGUGUUUGCUCAGCAAGCCGGACUGUACGGUGACCUCUACAGUGUGAUUGUCUCAGAGGUCAGUUAAGCUGAAAUGAGCUGUUGAUUCCCUGCAUGACGAGGAGAUAGAGGACGUUUCCUCACGUUUCGGUGAACAAAAAGUUUGAAUACUGUCGCCUAGAAGAAUCCUGCUAAUACACAACAGUAGAUAUGUUUGUACAGAAAUAUGCUGGCUCAAACGAUGACUUAACAUAUUACAUAUCGAAUUUCCAUGUAAGUUUUUUACACAAAUUCAAUG